AUGAAACUUAGAAAAGGAAAUAUAAUGUCCAUGAAAUUGGUCAAGGGACUUGUAACCUAUGUACCCCCUGUAGAUGCAGAUUUUGAUGUAUUAGAAAAGACAAAUCAAUCUGGCAGAGAGAAUAAGAAAGGAGAGAUUAAUAAAUAUGAUAGGAAGAAGAUAUCUUCUAAGGCAAAGUUCCCUCUAAGGACUAUAGAGAUUGAUGAGUAGUUCCUUAAGCACAAUCAAGAAUUUUUCGUUGAAUAUGACUUCUUCUUUAUGCUAUUUAUUGUGAUAUUAGUCAUGUUUAUGAUCACCUAGACUUUCAGAAUCAUACUUCCUGAUUAAAUGGAGAGCAAUCUGACAUUUUAUAUGAUGUUGUUCCUACUACUUAUGACUCUAGUAAAUCUUAUGAAGAACACUUUUAAUCAAGGCUAUUUUAAUCUUAGUGAUGAGACUAAGAUGGAAUUCCUUGUCGGAUUUAAAGCAUUCUUUGUAGUUUUUGGUUUAUUAAAGUUUUACGGAUCUCAGACCUUCUUUGAUUCAAAUAUGGAAAAAGCUCAUGACAAGACUUUAGAGAGAGUUAAUCAGACAAUGGAACUAUUUGGUGGUAGAUUGGAUUUACCUUACGAAUUUACCUAUUCAAUCAUGGCAAUAACAGCAGGCGUGAUUUCAUUUUCGACUGUUAAACUUAACAUUAGAUUUGCCUACUACUUUUUCAUGCUUACUAGAAAUAGAAGUAUAGUCCUAGCUACUAAAAUAGGGGAUGAAAGAAGAAGAUAUAAGCUAUUGCUAGCAUUUAUGUUCAUUAAUUUGCUCAGUCCAAUCCUUAUUAUCCUGCUAUUCAUUUAGCCUCUCAUUGAAUAGUUUGUUGUACCAGAAUACAUGGUAGUAGAGACAUGGAGAGUUAUUAGAACUGGAGUAUUAGUGGUGGCGGUUUGCUUAAGAAUGAUGACUUUUAGAGAAGAAUUGCAAUUCUUAUUCAACGAAUCCUACUUCCUUGUCUAGAAGCUAAUGAUUGACAAGAAUGAAAAGCUAUUCAGGUAUAUUAAACUAAGAAUUCAGGAAAACUUCCUCAAUACUUGGUAUAACAUCUAUCAAUAAACUUGCAAUCUCAUUCUUCCAAUGCUUUUACUCUUGAUUUACGUUCACAGGUUGGUCUCAUCAAUUCUUUCUACACAGUAAUCAAAUGCUCUAGACUAUCAAAAAAUAUAUACACGAAUUACCGAAUAGUAGAACUAGGCAUCCAAAAAUGGUUUAAAGUUUGAAUUCAACAUUUUUGAAGAUACUACAUCACUUUCAGAGGUUUUUGCAGAAAUAUCUGCUAAGGGUUUACUAACGUUGGACUUCUAUGAGGCGAUAUUUGGCUUCAUAAUUUUCUGGUUUUUCUUUUCAAAUUUCUUAGUUACAGUAUUCUCUCUAUUGUACUACCGCAAAUAUGUUAGUAAAUGA